AUGAACCACAACAAGAACCCUCCGCCGUUGAUGUUCAUCGUCGGCGACGGCAAGAACCCCCAGAAAUCCACCCGAGCGAUCAAGUCGGCCAAGACGUCCCACAUCUCCUCGCGAUAUCGGUACUGGAGCAAGGCCAACCACCGAGAUCUGGCGCUCGAUUCGACCACCAAGGCGAUCCUGAACGGAGCUUCUUCUUAUCUGAACAAAUUGUCCACCGGCAACUAUCGGAAGAAGCCUCCCGAGCUGUUGAAUCGUGACCAAGCGGAGGACAACGAUCAACCGCUCCGAGAGCAGAGUCGACCGCUGGCCUGCGAGGCGGCAGUGAUCAGGCCCAAACCUCCAACACCGCAUGUCGCGGUGAGGCCUUGGGAGCAGGCUCGCAAAGACUACGAGGAAUGGGCCGCGCGACCCUUGUCCAUCCUUGGUUCGCAGUUCUUCGACAUCUUCACUCCCUCGACGGCCAUGAAGUACGACAUUGAGAUCAAAACAAACCUCUACUUUUAUUUCAAGAUCAUCAGGCCCUUUGCCACGCAUCUGCUUCAGUCGUGGCAGUGGUUCGAUAAUCUGGCUCAGAUUCAGGCGUCGCCUUGUCUCACCUAUGCUGUGGCAACAUUCGCCUCCGUAUUCCUGUCUGGGAUGCUCAGAGGGUGA